CAACAACAAAAAAAAAAGCUUCAACCUUUCUUCAUUCCCGCGUCUCCCUCCUUCUCAAAAAACCCCGACUUUUCUUCUUCCCCUCUCCGAUUAUGCCGACGUCUGACUCCGGCGAAUCACGGCGGAUACCGAUGAGACCUCCCGGCGCAACAACAGGGAUUCCACCGUCAACCGAGCAGCAAGAGCAACUCCCUUGUCCUCGCUGUGACUCAUCCAACACCAAGUUCUGCUACUACAACAACUACAACUUCUCUCAGCCUCGUCACUUCUGCAAAUCCUGUCGCCGUUACUGGACUCAAGGCGGCACUCUCCGCGACGUUCCUAUCGGCGGUGGUUCUCGUAAAGGCGCGAAACGCUCCCGCACUUGCUCCUCCUCCACCGCCGCCUCCGCCGUUAACUCCGUCGUCUCCACCUCCACAGGAAUCCGCAGCGUUCCGUUUCAGGCGACACCUGUUCUCUUCCCUCAGUCGUCAAUCUCUAACGGCGUUAGCCACACCGUAACCGCUCCGCUUGAAAACGACGCAAAGGCGAGCGCUUUGUCUCUCUGCGGCAGUUUCACCUCUCUCUUGAACCAAAACGCCGCCGCAGCAACUACGCAUGGAUCCGGUUCGGUUAUAGGACUCGGCGGGUUCGGAAUCGGACUCGGGUCGGGUUUUGAUGACGUCAGCUUUGGACUUGGAAGAGCGGUGUGGCCGUUUUCAACCGUGGGUGAUGCUCCGACGACGAAUGUAGGUGCAGGGAGUAACGGUGGUCAUCACGCGGUUCCGAUAACCGGCACGUGGCAGUUCGAGGGUUUAGAGAGCAGCAACGCCGGUGGAUUCGCCUCCAGUGAGUACUUUGCGUGGCCGGAACUCUCCAUCACAACACCAGGGAACUCACUCAAAUGAAAAGACUUUUCGUAAAGCUUCCGUCUUUGUCAGAGGGUUUCAAUUUCUUUCUCUGUUUCAGUCUCUAUUGGCUGUUUUGUGAUUUUGUCAAUCUUUAGUGGUCUCUUUAGUGUGUCUGGUGUUUUUUAGAACUUGUGUACUGAAACUAGAAAAACAGAGAAAGUUUGUGUUUUUUCGGCUCAAAGAUCU